GAGAUGGAGCGUCAACAACAGUUCGUGGUCCUGUGGUUGGUAUUCGCGGUUCUGGUGUACGAUAACCAUGGUUACGUGUCGAACCGGAGAGUGAAAAACCAGAGGCCGGGAGUGCGGAGCUACCCCGACGAUGACAAGAACGGCGGCAGCGGUGACAUCUCCGAAAUAAACGUUUGCGCGCUCGAACAGAAAACUACUAUCAACUUGUACUGUUAUUGCGACGACCCGAAAUCGCACGCGGCCACGUCGGCCGACUGUUGGGUGUUCAACAACGGCGAGCCCAGCGACUCGGCUGUAUGGCGCGAGUUCGGGUCGCAGUCGAACGUGACCAAGCUGACAUUCAACGUGCGCGGAACCUCGUCCAAGACGCUGUCGUUCGUGCCCACCGAGGCGUUGGCCCGGAUGCCCGAGCUCCGGACGCUGGAGAUCGUGUACGCAAACAUCGGGACAGUGCACUCGCACGCGUUCGCCAACCUGUCCCGGUUGCAGGACCUGGCGCUGGUCCGGAACAACAUCGUGCAGCUGGCCCGGAACUCGAUCGCGUACAUGGAGGAUCUGCGCGUGGUCACGCUCGGCGACAACGCUAUCGAGAGCAUCAGCAACGACGUAUUCGCCCGGCUACCCGCGCUCCGGAAGCUGUACAUGGACCGGAACAACAUCAGCUUCAUUGCCGAGGGGGCGUUCGAGCAGCUGCGAAAGCUCGAAGAGCUCGACCUUUCCGACAACAGGUUGACCGGAUCGCUGUCCAGGUACGUGUUCCUCGGCUUGGUGUCGGUAAAGCGGCUGGACAUGCGGGCGAACCACUUGGACCGGGUGGGCCCAGACGCAUUCGCAGAACUGGUGUGCCUCGAGGAGCUCGUUCUGGAGGACAAUCUCAUAAAGAAGAUCGACGGCAGGGGAUUUUCCGGACUUCCUAACCUCCAGCGGCUGAUCUUGGCAGAAAACCGAUUGACCGCUAUUGACGACCGCACGUUCCAUGAUCUUGAAAAGCUGAAGUUCAUCGACAUCAGAUACAACAACCUGCAAACGCUCACGUUCGGCGCCGUGGAACCGAUCUUGGAACGGCUUCGGAACUCGACGUUCUUUUUCCAUUUUAAAGGUAACAUGUUCGAAUGCGACUGCGGCCUGUUGUGGAUGAACCGAUUGGCCGUCGAGACGAACAACGAACAGGUGGAACGCGAGCUAACGACCGCCCAAUGUCAGAUGAACGACACGGCCGACAACGACGGCGGCGACUUGGCCGAUUUGAAAGUGUCUGGCCCGCGGAGCGCUUACGGCGACGGUGGCUACGGCGCGAACCAAGUGGACGCCGAUACGACGGUGGACAAGGCGAUAUCGGUUGGCGGCGUCGGUGGAGGAAUGGUGGGCGGGGUCAACGGGGGAUUUCCCAAGUCACUCGACGAAUCGCAGGUGAUCGCCGUCAGCACGUUGAACGAGGACACGUGCCCGGGCAAGGAGCAGCCGCUCGUGGACGGGGCGCCGGACGCGGCCCAAAAUUCGGACCGCGUGCUCUGGGAGUCGACCAAGUCGGCGGCGGGCACAGGCUCCGUUCUCCGAGCGCCACUCGGUCGGUCGACCCUGCCCGUUCUCGUCUCGGUGGUCGCCAUCAUCGUUUCACGUCGCUGUUAGGCCAACAACUACACGUCCUCUCGCGCGAUCAUAUUAUUAUAUGUUAUUAUAAUAAUAUUAUAUUAUAUAAACUUACAUAAAUACGUUUUCGAUUAAGGUUUAUGUGUGUGCGGGUGUGCGGGUGUGAGGGUGCGUGGGUGUAARGGGUGGCCAAACGUCGUACACGAAACGUGCGUAAAUGAUAUCGACACGAUAAAAUAAAAUAAUUUAAUAUAUAUAUAUAUAUAUAUGGCACACUGCGCAUCAUUGCGUACCUCGCCUAUAUAUAAUAUUAUGUCCGUCGUCGCGGUUUAUACUUUUUAGAUGCGAUCAUAUUAUAUUGUAGUAACAUUGUAUUUUCCUUCGCUACCGGUGCGGUUUCCAAAUCGCUUGAAAUUUCGCAUAAUUAACCAAAAUAUAUUAUAGGCACUGCGCAAUCAUCCACAUGUUUGCAGUUACAUGUCGCUGAAAAUGCAUUUUUCCAAUGUAAARCAUCAACAACUAUACAUCGCUACACAUUUGCAGUAUGAUGAUAAUAUAAUGUAGGCAAGUACUCGUGACGAAAUAACGGUAUUAUCAUUCAGGUAUGUAUAGGUACCGUUCACGAAUUUAUUGUUUAUUUUCGAACUCGUUUCGUGUUUUUUACGCRUACGAUUUAAAGAAAAAAAAACCAUAACAUUCUUUGCACCGUAACGAUUCGUAAAGAUUAUUAAAAUAUAAUAUAAAAUAAAAUAAUACAAACAUAUUUUACAUUAAAACUGCAUAAUUUUUCUGACAGUUGAUAAAAUAAUAAUAUUAAGGGGUUAACGCGGCCUCAAUUUUAAUAUAAUAAUAUUUAGAACGAAUCGACGAGCCGACAGAACGUAUAAACAUAAGAAGCGGAAUGUGCGGCCACCCUAAAUAUUAUACAUAAACAUAUUAUGUAGUUUAUAUGAUAUAUAUAUAUAUAGAUUUAGAUAUACCUAGA